UGAAAAUAGUGGGGUAAACUUGAAGGUUAUUUCAUUUUGAAGUUGUACUUGUGAUAAUAACUGAAAUUUAUAUUUUAUUAGUAUUACCGUCUUUUGAUAGGUAAUUUUGUUGAAGUUCAUUAAACAUACAAUUUACGUUACACGUAAAUCAUUUUUAUACAACUGACGUGUGAAUUCCCUAUAUGAAAUUGAAUUUAUAAAGGCAACUUUAACUGUCACAAUAAAGGAUUAUUUUGGCGGUUGAAUGCAAUACAAAAAAGGAAUUACAUUUAAAAUAAACCAUGGCAAAUGCAAUUCGUAUUAUUUUUGUGUUACCCAAAGAAUGUUUAGACGAUUCACAGUGCAGUGAGGAAAUGCAGCAAGCUUUUAUGGUUUGCAAACAAAAUUCCAUGAACAUUCAAUGGGUGAAAGAGGAUAACAUUCUUAGCGAAAGUUGGAGAAAAACUGACGUACUAGUUUUUGAAAGUUUUGAAAGCCCCAAAUUCAAUGAAGUCAAAUCAAAAAAGAGUGUCAGAAUAGUGGGCCCUAGGUGUUUGUUGAUAUGCAUUACAGAAGGCAAAAGUAUUCCAAAUGUCUCCUGGCCAGUUUAUAAUGUUGCAAUGUAUAACUGUUAUGUAGCCUGUUCUCAUCUUUCAAAAGCACAGAAAAGAGAAAUUGAAGGGUUAGUUCAAAAAAUGGGUGGUCAUUACACUGGUAAUUUAAUGGAAGCCACCACACAUCUUGUAACAGACACGGUCAAGUCAGAAAAAUACAGUAAAGCAGCAGAAUGUGGUUUAAAAAUAAUGCUGUCUUCUUGGGUAACAGAAGUUUGGAAGAGCAGUUCUAAAUCAAACAUAAAUGCCAAUGACUCAGAGUUUGAUAAAUAUCGUUGCCCACCUUUUUACAAUCUUGUUAUUUGUUGUACUGGAUUUUCACAACUUACAGAACGACGUAGAAUAGAGGAACUUGUAAAAAAACAUGGGGGAACCUUUAAAGGUCAAUUACAAUUAAGUACAACUGAUAUUUUGAUAUGUGAAAAAGGAAGCACCAGUAGUGCAAAAUAUAAAGCGGCAAAAAAAUCAAAAACUCUAAAAUGUGUUUCUUUGGAGUGGCUUACAUGCAGUAUCGAAAAAGGGUACGCAUUACCAGAUCAUUUGUAUCCUGUGGAGAUUGGCACUUCGACCCCUACAAAAGAAGAUAACAACCCUCAGCCUGAUUUUUCCAUGAUCAGUAACAUUACCACCACUUCAGUACUGGGAGGAAACACACUGGCAGAAACUCUAUUAAAUGUCGCGUCUCCUAAUUUAGCAACAAACAAUAAAAAUGGUAUAACAAAAGAAACUAAAAAACGAAAAAGCACUUCCAAUGAAUGGGAUGACUUGGUAGAGCAGAUCGAUUUAAAAAAAGUUAAAAUGGCUGGCACGUUUUUAGACGGAUGCAGUAUUUAUCUUGCGGGUUUCUCUUCGGAACAAAAAGAUAAAUUAUGCAAGGUUCUCAAUUUUGGAGGUGCAAUGCGAUAUGACGACGUUUCAGAAAGGGUAACUCAUGCAAUUGUUGGCGACCCGUCAUGCCACGAUCUCAAACUUAUCCAAAGCAGUGGUCUUAUGAACCACUUUCCUUUACUCAACCUACACUGGUUAAUCGACAGUAUCGCGCAAAAACACCCCGUAUCUGAAGAACAAUACAUAGUAAAUGUCAAUACAGUUAACGACAGUGAGCCUAAAUCACCACUCAGCAAAAAGGGCCUAUUUGCUUUACGUUCAGAUACACCAAAUAUAAAAGAACGCAAUGAAAUUGAACAAAGACAAAAAGAUGAUCAACAACCUGACAUUGACGACGACUCUGAAUUGUUACAGCAAUAUUUACAACCCGAAUCAUCUCGUCAAGAUACUUUAGCUCAGCUAUUAAGAAAUGCCAGCGGUACGUUUAACUCCGAAAGUAAUUUAAGCAAGAAAAAAGAAGAGAAAGAAAAAAGUUCAAGAAAUGAAAAGAGUGUUCACUACACAGGUACCAACUCUAAACAUUUCCAAGAGAAUUCACAAAACCCACUUCUUCCAUUUGAUAAAAUGAAAUUUGUUAUGAUCGAUUUAGAUGAAGAAGUGUCUGAAGAUAUCCAAGCAAAAGUCGAAGAAUGUGGAGGCACCACGGUUCCUGAAUCCUAUAAGGGAAUCCCUAACUACAUUGUCAUGCCCAUCUUUCUUCCCUUCCUAAAAAUAAAACCGUCGUGUGAAGUCGUAUCCAUUCUAUACAUCCUAGAGUGUUUUGAAACAAAAGAAUUAAUCGAACUCGAAUACUACCACCGCCCGAUGUUUAUCGACAGCAAUGUAAAACCGUUAUCGGGUAAAGUCGUAACAAUCUCGAGUUAUUCCGGCUACGAACGAUUAUUUCUUCGCCACUUGAUCGAGGAAUUGGGCGGAGAGUCUCAAGAUCAGUUCUCUCGCGUCACUAACAUUAGCAAAAAUGUCAUGGCAUCGACCCAUUUAGUAUCUUCUGAAGCGAGUGGUAAAAAAUACGAGGCUGCUUUAAAAUGGAAAUUGCCAGUAGUGAAUAAGGACUGGCUUAUUAAAAGUGCUGAGAAAGGAGAACUCGAACCAGAGCAGCCAUAUUUGAUGGGUGAUUCAAAAGUUGAUAAAUUGAAUAACUCAACAACUGUACUGCCUUCGACGUCAAAAUACUCAACUCCCUCAAAAUCAAAUGUUAAAGAAAUUAAUGAGAAUACAAAUCCAUAUAUUUCAGCACAGACACCUAUGGGUACACCCAAAAAUAACACUACAAAAAAACCUUCAGUAUGUGAUAAUAAUGAAGUGAACACUCCAGUGACUGCCAGAGUGUUUAGUCAAGUGACUCCUGUCAGUAAAAUAAUGGAGGAAGUGCGCAUGACGAACUUAUUGGGCACUCCCGAAUGCCCUUCGACCCCCAAACCAUGGAAUCAUGUUAGUACACCUGACACUCCUCUAGGUGCUUUCAUUAGACCAAAUCCGUCACCUGCCUUACGUAAAGAAUUAGCCCAAUGGAUAAAUACACUUCCUGAUUGGAAACCACCCCCACCAAGACGACCAAGCACUCCCUUAUCUGAACUGAAAAAACAAUUGUGGAACAAAAUAUUGCCUUCUAACCGUGAAAUAUCCACACAACUCAAUUUUCGAUCGGAUUCUGGUGACGAAAGUGGUAAAGAAAAUGAAACGGUAGCAACUCCAAACAAAAUGGUUCCUUCUUCGGACACUGAGGAAACUAUUGAAAGUGUAAUGGUUAAGAAUCAGUUACAACAAAUUCAGGUAAUGCUUACCUCAAGCGGUAGUAAACACAGUUCAAGGAGGCGUGAAUCGACUAUUCCUGAAACAGGCACGUAAUUAUUAAUUUUAUGAAAAAAAAAG